AUGUCGCCCCUGGCGUCGGUGCGCAUGGGCCGCACGGAGCCGAGCGUCUUCGCCGAGUUCAGCGAGCUGAGCGAGAAGCACCACUCCGUGAACCUGGGCCAGGGGUUCCCGGACUUCCCCAUGCCGGCGUUCGUCAAGGAGGCGGCCAUCGAGGCGAUCCGCGAGGACUACAACCAGUACUCGCGGCCCGCGGGCCACCACCGGCUCGUCGACGUGCUCGCGCGGCGCUACUCGCCCAAGUUCGACCGCGACAUCGACCCCUUCACGGAGAUUGGGGUCGUCGGCGGCGCGACGAACGCCAUCUUCUCGGCGCUCGUCGCGCUCGUCGACCCCGACGACGAGGUCGUCUGCGUCGAGCCCUACUUCGACGCGCCGAAGAUCGCCGCGGAUUUGAUGGGCGCGACGACCAUCGGCGUGCCGCUGCGCACGGACUGGGCCGAGACGUCCGCCGACUGGCGCCUCGACCUCGACGAGCUCGACGGCGCGCUCACGGACCGGACGAAGCUCCUCGUGCUCAACACGCCGCACAACCCCACGGGCAAGGUCUUUAGCAAGAGCGAGCUCGAGGGCAUCGCGACGGUCGUCAAGAAGUACCCGAAGCUCAUCGUGCUCACGGACGAGGUCUACGAGGACAUGGUCUUCGACGGCCUCGAGCACGUGCACAUCGCGAGCCUCCCGGGCAUGUUCGAGCGGACGAUCUCCGUCUUCUCCGCGGGCAAGGCCUUCUCGGCGACGGGCUGGCGCGUCGGCCACGCCAUCGGCCCCGAGGAGCUCAUCUCGCCCCUCGUCCGCGUGCACCAGGCGUCCAACUUCUCGACGCCGACGCCGCUCCAGAUCGCGACGGCCAUCGCCUUUGAGCGCGGCGCGCAGGAGGGCUACUUCGCCGAGUUCUCCGCCACGCUCCAGGCGAAGCGCGACAAGCUCUGCCGCCUGCUCCGCACGGCGGGCCUGAGCCCCAUCGUGCCCCAGGGCGGCUACUUCCUCCUCGCGGACACGACGAAGGUCGGCGGCGUCACGACCGAGUUCCCGCUCUGGGAGGCGCCCGAGGACAUGCCCCUCCGCGACCGCCGCGACUUCGCCGUCUGCCGCCUCCUCUGCGAGCGCGCGGGCGUCACGGCCAUCCCCGCGUCCGCCUUCUUCUCCCUCGGCCACCGCCACAUCACCGACUCCCUCGCCCGCUUCUGCUUCUGCAAGGAGGACAAGACCCUCGACGAGGCCUACAAGCGCAUCGUCCACAGCGGCCUCAACGCGACCUGGGUCUAG